UCUCAGAAGUGAGAUUGGUAGAUGGAAACAGCAUUUGUUCUGGAAGGGUGGAGGUUCUUAAAAACAAUCAGUGGGGAACUGUUUGUGGUGACAGCUGGGAUAUGACUGACGCUGCAGUAGUCUGUAGAGAGCUGGGCUGUGGAAGUCCAUUAGAGGUAAACAAAGGUGCUUUUGGAAGCGGUAUUGGACCAAUAUGGAUGGAUGAUGUGAAAUGUACAGGCACUGAGUCAACAUUGAAGAACUGCGGGUCAAACGGAUGGGGAGUUCAUAACUGUGUGCAUGCAAACGAUGCAGGCGUUGUCUGUCGAGAGGUACGGUUGGUGAAUACGAACAACACAUGUCAGGGCACAGUGCAGGUGUAUCAUGACGGCCGGUGGGGAACAGUGUGCCACAACAGCUGGGAUAUCGCAGAUGGUUUAGUGCUCUGUAGAGAGCUGGGCUGUGGUGGGAAUGCCGAGCCCUUGGCAGGUGCAUAUUUUGGGGCUGGUGAUGGGCCAAUAUGGAUGGAUUCACUCAGAUGUAAUGGUGAUGAGACGAACCUGAGGAAAUGCCAGUUUGGAGGGUGGGGAAACCAUCAAUGCAUUCAUGCAUAUGAUGCAGGAAUCAUCUGCAGAGAAAUUAAAAAUGUGCUCAGGAUUGAGGUGAAUGCUGACUAUGACGUAAACCCCAAUGACCCUUCAUACAUGACAAAACUACUGGACAAACUCAAGGAAGAGCUCAAAAAGCAUGGAAAUUUCUCUGUCAAGUGGAGAACUCAGUUGGAUGGGCAAGUGUUUCAGGAAAAGAAAUUAUUUGAUCCCUGACAGGUCUGUUAUUUCGACAGGAGCCAUAGAAGAAAUUACCUUUCACGACAAAUUCAACAGAACUGUUCUUACAGAAUCAUCCUGAUGAUGAAGAAAUUCUAGAAGUGUU